AUGGUGCUCAAGGCGAACAAACGUCCCGCAGAGUUGGAGAAGGGCACGAGAGAGAAGUUUGAGCGAGCAUACAAGAAAAACGAGUUCUAUACCAAGAUAAUGGAAGGCAGAGGAGACACGACCAUCUUCACAGUAAAAGAUGGACUGAUUUUCCGCAUCUCAACCAGCAGCGCACACAGGCAUCGAGCGAACCGCCAACGCUGUCAAGAUGUGGUUCUGGUGGAAGAGCAUGCUUGA